AUGGUGGGCAAUAGCAACAGCUCGUCAAACGGCUGGGCUGGGACAAGGAGCCUGAAGAAGGAGGAUACAGAAUUUUAUCCCAGAAUGAGGCUGGGGGAAGCCAACAUUAACUGGGUGAAAAUGGUUAGGCAGCUUCUGCUUUUGAAAUGGCACAAAAAAGGAGCUUGGACAUACUUACACCAACGUCUCUUCAGCCCUCCCCAUUCCAGGCAUACCUCUUCUGUUUCUUAAGAUUGGUUGGUUUGCUUCUGGAGCUUUCAGCUGAAAUCUGAUGUUUCAAGCUAUGGAAAGGAAAUGUCACCAACUGAAUGUGAGCAUGAGGAGUGCAACAGGCAAAUGCUUCAAAACUCAAUAUUUGAACUGAGAAACACAGUAACAGAACUGGAAAAAAGACUUAGCAGUGUUGAAGAUGAAGGUAAUGAAUGGAAAACCAGAUAUGAGACACAAGUAGAAUUAAACAAACAGCUGGAAAGGCAAAUUAAUAUUCUUCAUGAGAAGAUGGAGCUUAUUCAUGGCAAUCCAUCAGAUAAACUGUCCAUUGUUCGCACCUUUGAUCAAAUGCCUGUGAGUUCCUUGAAGGAGGUUCUUAAACAACUAGAAGAAGAGAAGAAAAGUUUCCAGAAUCAGCUAAAAGACUAUGAACUUAGACUGGAACAAGAAGCAAAGGCUUACCACAAAGCUAAUGAUGAGCGGCACAUGUACCUCUCAGAGAUCUUACAGACCUCAGCUAAACUUAAAACUGUUGAAAGGCAAAAACCAGAUGCUCUGACAAGCAAGGGAGAAAACCAGAUACUGAGAGGGAGAUACCGUGUCCCAGGAAACCCGAAGAUGGUUAAUCCUCAAAAAGGGCUGAUUAAAAAGACUGCAGGAGUGAAGCAGCUUCCAGAACUAAAGCACUGA